GGUAUAACAGCUAUAGAGCUGGCUAAAGGAGAGCCUCCUAACAGUGAUAUGUAAUGAACCUCAUGGCUGUUGUUCUAUUUUAAAUGGCUCCUGUCCUCCCCCCUCUAGGCUGAUAUCUGGUCUUUAGGUAUAACAGCUAUAGAGCUGGCUAAAGGAGAGCCUCCUAACAGUGAUAUGUAAUGAACCUCAUGGCUGUUGUUCUAUUUUAAAUGGCUCCUGUCCUCCCCCCUCUAGGCUGAUAUCUGGUCUUUAGGUAUAACAGCUAUAGAGCUGGCUAAAGGAGAGCCUCCUAACAGUGACAUACACCCUAUGAAGGUUCUCUUCCUGAUCCCAAAGAGCAGUCCUCCGUCCCUCGGGGAAGACUUCUCGAAGAGUUUCAAGGAUUUCACAGACUCCUGUCUCAAUAAGGAUCCAGUCUUCAGACCCUCAGCCAGAGAGUUGUUGAAACAUAAGUUCAUAGAGAAGAACUGUAAGAGGACUUCCUAUCUGACUGAACUGAUUGACAGGUUAAAGAGAUGGAAGACUGAAGAACACAGCGAUGACGACUCUAGCUCAGACGACGAUAGUGAGUCCAGUGACAAGGAGAACAGUCCAUCUCAACCCGCGUGGUCGUUCACCACCAUACGGAAGAAAGAUAAGGAAGGCAGGAAGGACCAGCACAGUUUAUCCACAGUCAUCUCUCCAGUCUUCUCAGAGCUGAAGUCUGAUCACAGGGAUGAACAGAGACGUGCUAUAGAGGAGUUGGAGAGAAACAUCAGACUGACUGAAGACCUCUGUCCUGGAAUCACAGACAAGAUGGUUGCCAAGAUCAUGACACGUUUCAGCACGUUGACUCCAACAUAAAAGAGAAGAUGGAAGGAGAGAGAUUCCAGAUAAACGAGGCAAGAAAGAAGAAGUGCAGAAAUUCUGUCUAGUCAUGUCGACACACACAACACACAACACACACACACCAGUAAUGUAACUAAACGUUCCUUUCUUGCUGAAUAUCAGACUCAGUAGAUAAGGCUUUUCUUUACUGUCUACCACGAGACAUAGAGCUGAACAUCUUGGGACUCAGUAGAUAAGGCUUUUCUCUACUGUCUACCUCGAGACAUAGAGCUGAAUAUCUUGGGACUCAGUAGAUAAGGCUUUACUCUACUGUCUACCUCGAGACAUAGAGCUGAAUAUCUUGGGACUCAGUAGAUAAGGCUUUACUCUACUGUCUACCACGAGACAUAGAGCUGAAUACCUUGGGACUCAGUAGAUAAGGCUUUUCUCUACUGUCUACCUCGAGACAUAGAGCUGAAUACCUUGGGACUCAGUAGAUAAGGCUUUUCUCUACUGUCUACCUCGAGACAUAGAGCUGAAUAUCUUGGGACUCAGUAGAUAAGGCCAGUGUUCUAUUCUAGAAUUCAGUUAGAAUGUCAUCCCACCGACAUUCCAGUUCCGGAGCCAUUCAUCCCCAGUGUUCUAUUCUAGAAUUCAGUUAGAAUGUCAUCCCACCGACAUUCCAGUUCCGUAACCAUUCAUCCCCAGUGUUCUAUUCUAGAAUUCAGUUAGAAUGUCAUCCCACCGACAUUCCAGUUCCGUAACCAUUCAUCCCCAGUGUUCUAUUCUAGAAUUCAGUUAGAAUGUCAUCCCACCGACAUUCCAGUUCCGUAACCAUUCAUCCCCAGUGUUCUAUUCUUGAAUUCAGUUAGAAUGUCAUCCCACCGACAUUCCAGUUCCGUAGCCAUCUAGAACCCUUUUUCACAUUUCCUUCUCCCAUUCUAAAAUAAAUAACUCAGGGCUGUACUUUUGAAAUCUGUACCUGUAUAUUGGGAAAGAUUUGAAACAUGUUCUUGGUUUUAUAUGGGAUUAGUAGUUCAUACAUGUCUGGGAAAGUUUGAAAAUGUUGUGUGAUCCAUUUUUAUAUUUCAAUAGAUGUUGAAAGAGUAAUGUUGUAAAUAUAGUUUGAUCAAAAUUGUGUGUGUGUGUGUGUGGUACCAGUAUAGAGUUUUGGGUAGAAAUGCUGAGGGGAAGAUUUGUUUAACAGUCAAUUGUACAAGUUUGAAAGUUAAUUUGUGUGCGUUUUUUAAAAUUUUUUAUUUGAAUUAUUUUUUAGGUUUUCUUUUAGGGGGAAUAAAUGUUAAAUUUUGGCCUUCAUUUAUUUAACCUUUUGGCCUCUGUGUUGGUUUGAUUGUCAACGCCUCUGAAUCUAUGUAGUAAGUGUUUAGUAAAAUGGGUAUUGAUUUUAUAUCCAGGACCCGUUUUUCAAAAAGUGUCUCAGUAGAAGUUAGAAGUUCUGAUCUAAGAUCAGGUCCAUAUCAGGGUUGGGGUCAAUUCCAUUCAGUAAAAUAUUUUGAAAUUGUUGCAUGUUACAAUUUAUUUUUGUUCGGUAUAAAAUGCUUUAUGAUGUACAGAUCAUGUUUGUUUCCGUAUCUCAAGUAAAGACACAUCAUACACAUUA